ACCACCCUCAACGGUACGACUGUGCUUCUCUUUUAAACCCUUGCCCUGCACCAGGAGAAAGAGAGAGAAACAAAUGGAUCUAUAUAAGACUUAUGUACAGAUACAGAGAUUUAGAGAGAGAAUCGAUACCCAAACAACCCACAGAUAUUUAGAGAGAGAAUCGAAACCCUAACAAACCAUUGUUACUGACAGAGGCUGGUUGGUUCUAAUUCUUCAUUCAGUUUUCAUUGAAGUUCUAUAUCAUUUCUAAGUUGAUCAUUCAACUCUGAUGGAACCAGAGCCUUUUGGGAAUACUACUACUAAAGCCCCUAGGAAGGUGAGAUUUGCUCCGAAGGGUCCUCCUCGCAGGCUGCAAAAGUCUGUUGUGCCUAAAAGUGAAAAGAUUGAAACUGCUGACGAUAAUGCUGCCCAAGCAGAGGAAUUGUUGCGCCGCUUCAAAGAUGCUUCUGUGAGGGGAAAGCCUAAAGUUGAAAAGAAAUUAGCACCAACGCAAAUUGCCUUUGGUUUUGGAGGUGGAUCAAGUUCUAUAAAAUCGUAUGGUGCUCCUAAGAGUGGCAUUGGUAUUAACAGAGCUUCUGAAGGUGGUGGUGCCUAUGCUUCAGGCCUUAGGCUGGAAAAAGAAUACAAGGAACCAUGGGAUUACUACAGUAAUUAUCCUGUAACUCUUCCUUUGAGGAGGCCAUAUUCAGGAAAUCCAGAACUGCUUGAUGAAGAGGAAUUUGGUGAGACUUUAGAAAGCAUGAGUUAUGAUGAACAUUCCACAGAGUCUGCAAUAGAGCUUGGGCUAAUGGAGGAGAAUGUAGAACCAAGUAUGUUCUUCUUUCAGCUACCGGCAACUAUGCCGAUGAUAAGGCGACCGGCUAAUGCAGAGAGCAAUGAGAUGGCGAGCAGUUCAAAGGCACUUAAGGGAGCAGCAAAUAAAACCUGUGGUUUGGAUGAGUUGCCAGCAGGCUUUAUGGGUAAAAUGUUAGUGUACAGGAGUGGUUCUAUCAAGUUAAAGCUUGGUGAUAACCUUUGCGAUGUUUCUGCAGGUUUGAAUUCUGUGUUUGCCCAGGAUGUUGUUGCCAUAAAUACAGAAGAGAAGGAGUGUUACGCUGUGGGGGAACUUAGCAAGUGUGCUGUUGUAACUCCAGAUGUGGAUUCCAUCUUAGGUAGGUAGUAGCAUGUCUACUUUAUAAUAGCUUUGCUCAAUGCAACAAAAAUGAUAGGUAUUAUCUUCCCUGCUGGAUUUGCGGCAGUUAAGUUACGUUUGUUUAUUUAUUUAUAUUUCAUUAUAAACAUUCAGAGGAGAGACUUGAGAGAUUGCGGCAUAAUGUUAUGAAUUAUUAUUACUGUAAAAGAAUAAAAUACAAGAAAUUUUUUAUUGGUACUUUUUUUGUUGUUCUA